AUGCUCCUCGGAGCCGUUUCCUUCUUUUCUUCCCAAGUUCUCGCUAUAUCGGCCGUUUUGGGCGUCGACUUGGGCACCGAAUACAUCAAAGCAGCACUUGUCAAGCCUGGCAUUCCCCUCGACAUUGUCCUGACCAAGGACUCCCGACGCAAAGAGACAUCAGCUGUGGCCUUCAAGCCGUCAAGAGGCGGCGCGCAAGAAGGCCAGUUUCCCGAACGUCUGUAUGGAUCCGACGCUAUGGCCCUGUCUGCACGCUUCCCCGGCGAGGUUUACCCCAACCUGAAGACCCUCCUCGGACUCACGAUCGACGACCCCGUGGUACAAGAGUACGCUGCCCGAUAUCCUGCUCUCCAACUCCAGACGCACGAUGUCCGUGGCACGGCUGCUUUCAAGAGCAAUGCGGUGACGGCUGACCAGGAAGCAUGGCUGGUUGAGGAGCUUCUGGCCAUGCAACUCCAGAGCGUGCAAAAGAACGCCGAGUUGGCUGCCGGUGAUGGGACGACAGUGCGCUCCAUUGUGCUGACUGUUCCUCCCUUCUUCACCACCGACGAGAAGCGCGCCAUACAGUCUGCGGCCGAGCUUGCAGGUCUCAAGGUCCUCAGUCUGAUCAGUGACGGUUUGGCCGUUGGUCUCAACUACGCCACGAGUCGUGUCUUUCCCAACAUCGACGAGGGUGCCAAGCCCGAAUACCACAUGGUGUUUGACAUGGGUGCGGGAUCUACCAAGGCGUCUGUCAUGAAGUUCCAGAGCCGCAAUGUCAAGGAUAUUGGCAAGUUCAACAAGACAAUUCAAGAGGUUCAAUUGAUGGGCAGCGGCUGGGAUAGGACUUUGGGCGGAGACAACCUCAACACGCUCAUCGUCAACGACAUGGUCACCCAGUUCGUCGAUUCCAAGGGCGCGAAGAAGGUCUCUGCCACCGAAGCCGGCAUCAGGGGCCACGGUCGCGCGAUGGCCAAGCUCAACAAGGAGGCCGAGCGUGUUCGUCACGUUCUCAGUGCCAACCAGAAGACUGGCGCCAGCUUCGAGGGUCUUUACGAAGACGUCGACUUCAAGUAUCAGCUCUCGCGUGCCGAUUUCGAGGUUUUGUCUGAGGCACACGCCCAGCGCGUCGCGGUGACCAUCCACGGUGCUCUCAAGAAGGCUGGUCUUGAUAUCGGCGACCUUGACUCUGUCAUCCUGCACGGUGGUGCUUCCCGCACACCCUUCGUCCAGAAAGCUCUCGAGAAGGUUGUAGGCUCGCCAGACAGGCUCCGCUCCAACGUCAACUCGGACGAAGCCGCUGUCUUUGGCGCCGGCUUCCGCGCCGCCGAGCUCAGUCCCAGUUUCCGAGUCAAGGAGAUCCGUGUGUCCGAGGGCUCAGCCUAUCCUAUAGGGAUGUCCUGGACAUCUGAUGGUAAAGGGCAGAGUGAGCGCAUCUGGUCGGCCGUUUCCCCUAUCGGUGGCCCUGCUAAGGAGUACACCUUCAGCGAAGACAAGGAUUUCACCGCUGCGUUCUGGCAGCAGGUCGGCGAUGAUCACAAGAAUGUGAAGACCUUCGCGACCAAGAAUCUGACGGCCACCAUGGCCUCUUUCAAGGAAGCUCACCCUAACUGUGCCGAUAAAGGGCCUCAGUUCCGCAUCACCGCCAAGCUCAACAGUGAGAACGGCGAGAUAGAGGUGACUCGUGCUGCUGUGGAGUGUGAGGUGGAAGUCAAGGAGGGGUUUGUGGACGGUGUCAAGAACCUUUUUGGCUUUGGAAAGAAAGAUCAAGAGCCUUUGGAGGAGGAGGAGGACGCCAAACCAGAGCCGGCCGAUGACAAGGACGCAAAGGCCGACGCUUCGUCUGCUGCAGCUGAGUCUGCCUCGGCCGAGACUGCGGAUGCUGAAAGCACUGGCUCCUCGGAAGAGAUGAAGCCCGAGGUUCAGAAGCUUGAGGUCGUGUCUAUUCCCGUGGACAUCACCGUGUCCAAUCUUGGCAUUCCGGAGCUUACCAAGGACCAGUUGGCCGAGGCCAAGGACCGUCUUAAGGCCUUCACGGUGUCCGACAGGGCCCGCUUGGCGCGCGAGGAAGCUCUGAACAAGCUCGAGGGCUUUACCUACAGGGUGCGCGAUCUUCUCGAAGACGAAGCGUUUGUUGCCGCCUCUACUGAAGCCGAGCGUACCAAUCUGGGUACCAAGAGCAGCACUAUCAGCGAGUGGCUCUACGACGAUGGUGCCGAAGCAACAAAGGACGAGCUCAAGGCGAAGCUAAAGGAGCUUCAGGAUAUGGCUUCGCCGAUUCAAAAGCGCAGCGAAGAGAGCGCCAAGCGCCCCGAGCUACUGGCCCAGCUCAAAGAUACCCUUAACAAGACCUUUGAAUUUCUCGACACGACACGCAAGUCCAUCUCUGACUACGACAAGUGGCAUGCCGACCACUCGACCGCGUCUGUAGAUGCGGCCUCAAGCGCCAAGGACCCGGCUGAGACGCCUGCUGAUGAUUUCGUUGGCCUCGAAGACGACGCCAAGGCACCCGCAAUGGAAGAUGUGCUGGAGGAGCGAGGCCCUGUGCCACCUCUGUUCAAGCUGGAGGAUCUCGUUGAUCUGGAGAAGCUGUCCAGGACCACCGACGAGUGGCUUAAGGAGCUUGAGCCCAAACAAGAUUCGCUUCCCUCCACGGCUGAUCCAGUCCUGUUGAUCAAUGAUCUGGAGGCCAAGUUGCAGAAGAUCGAGGCCGUGGGCAAGGAGCUCAGUCUCAAGAGCGUCAAGAACUUUGCGGGCAAGUCGAAGGCGGAGAAGGAGAAGAAGAAGCCAAAGAGGACCAACAACAAGAAGGGUCAGGAGAAGCAGAACAUCAAGGUGGGAGAUCAGUCCUUUACGGCCGAGGAGCUGGAGGAGAUGAUCAACAACAUGAGCGAAGGCGAUUGGGAAAGAGUAAGCGAGGACUUCAAACGAGAGGAGGCUGCAAAGCAUAAGCCCGAGGAGGCUGGUGGUCAUGACGAGCUAUGA